UGUGAAAAACAUAUCAAAACAAAAUAGCGCAAAAUAUAUUCAGCGAGUCCACCGUUUUUCAUAGUUCCCUUUUCGCCGCUUUCCUUCGUCACAUUUUGGGCCUCAGUUUACCAAGGCGAUCCGUGAGCAGCAGUUGUUAUCGAUCUCGAUUUGUGGGAUCUUAAAGAAUAACUGUUUUAAAUAUUUUCUAUUUUUAAUCGUGUGGAACAUAAGGGGAUAAGAAUAAGUGUUUGAGUCAAAGUGCAUGGCAAGACGGCAAUAAACCCAAGGCAAACUUAAGCAUAUCAUUUGGAAUUUUCAAUACGCGCACAACGAGAAACUGAAGAAAUUGAUUUGGAAGCAAAACAGAAAAUAUGCUGAUUUUCUAUGCGAAAUACGCAUUUCUCUUUUGGUUCUUCGUGAGCAGCAAUCAUGGUGAAAUGCUAAUGAUGAACCAAACGUCCUCCGACGAGAUGCUGCUCAAUGUGACCGCCUGCACGCAGAAUUGCCUGGAAAAGGGCAAGAUGAAUUUUAAAGGCUGUUACAAUAUCUGCAAGGACAAAGGGACCGCGCCUGGAGCUUUGAGAAAAGUACAGGAUAAUUUCCAGUUGCAGAUGGUGUGCCGCACGGAGUCAGAAAUUGCCUUACAUAUAGAUUGGGUCCAGCACAGCAAGGGAAAUGAGUCAGCUCCAAAUGCCACUUAUAUAAUAAAAGUUUACGGUCCCAAGGAGGACAUUUUACAGACCAAAACUUAUCUGUCAGAUGAGAACUUUCUGAUCUUGUCGGACUUGGAGUCAAACUCCAGCCACGACAUAACCGCUCUGGCGAUGCACGGGGAUGGGAGCUAUUCACUGAUAGCCAAGGAUCUCCCCUUCUCGACUCUCAUAAGAGGCUACCAACCCAGCAGAAUGGGGGCAGUCAAUCUGGUGCGAUUUGUCGCUCAGUCGAAUGAUUCGCAUCAUGUGGCAGCUGAGAUUAAUUGGGAGCCAUCAGCUGAAAAUAAUUGUUAUUUUAAUAUGGUGUCGUAUUCAUCUGACACCAUGGAUAUGGGGGAGGCGCAGGAGGUGUACUUCCGGGAUAUCAAAAAUCUGUACAAGCACACUGUGGACAACUUGGAGUUUGAUAAAACUUAUCACGUGGGCUUAAGGACGGUGAACAUAAUGAACCGACUCGAGAGCGCUUGUGAAUGGCUGACGAUAUUUACUCCAACCUGCUUGGACUGGUAUCCUUUCAACUUUACACUCUGCCCUCCUCAUAAGCCGGAAAACCUUAGCGUGCAUCAGGAACAGUAUCUGCCCAAUACCUUGGCGAUGAACAUCACCUGGUCGCGACCCAGUCACUUGCCAGAUAACUACACCCUCCACAUUUAUGAUCUACAGGAGGGAAGCAAGAAGGUUAGCUAUACGCUCGACCAAAACAGGAGUCACUUCUUCAUUCCCAAGAUCACGGUGUUGGGCUCCCAAUUCGAAGUCCAUUUGGUGGCUCAUUCGCCAGGCGGCAUAAAUAUCUCCGAUUUGAUCCUCGACAAGGCGCCGCGGGAUGUCUGGCUAAUUGAAGGGAACAUGGUCAAGCUGGUACUCUUCAUUAUUGUGCCGAUAUGCUGCAUUUUGAUGCUGUGCGGCCUGACAGUUUGUAGGAGGAAUCGGACGGAUGUCCAGGACCUGAAAAUGGAGACCAAGGACGCGAAGACCAGCGAGUUCCACCUCUCUCUGAUGGACAAUAGUGGUCUGUUGGUGACGCUUUCCCCCAACGAGAGCUUCGACAAAUUCGACGAGCUGGAGGUUGAGCCCCAUUCGGUGCUCCUACAAGAUGUUCUGGGCGAAGGAGCCUUCGGCUUGGUGCGUCGCGGGGUUUACCAGAAGCGCCAAGUGGCCGUCAAGUUGCUGAAAGAUGAACCCAAUGAAGAAGACGUGUAUGCCUUUAAGUGCGAGAUCCAGAUGCUCAAAGCGGUGGGCAAGCAUCCAAACAUUGUGGGUAUUGUGGGUUAUUCCACUCGUUUUAGCAAUCGGAUGAUGCUACUGAUUGAGUACUGCAGUCUUGGGAGCCUUCAGAAUUUCCUACGUGAGGAGUGGAAGUUCCGUCAGGAGCAAAAUGUAGUCGGCCUUAAAAACAACCUUGAGCAGAAUGUGGAGAAACGACGGUUCCACCGAGUUCAGCGUAAUUCAAUUCAUGAUCGGAUAGAAGAUAUAAAUAGCUCAAUGUUAUCUACUGUGGAAGAGGAAAGUGACGCGGAUCAGACCCAAAAAAGCAGUCGGGUUGAGACCUACACACUCACUCGAGCCACAAAUGCAGCAGACAACAAGGGUUAUGGACUGGAAGAUAUUGAAAACAUCGGUGGUUCCUAUAUUCCGAAAACCUUAGGGACCGAAAAAGGUAGUACAAGAAAGGACAUCCGACCGCAGUUUAAGGUAGAACUUAAGAAGGAAACAAAGCUCGAAGGAAAAUUGCGAACUUUUGAAAACAAGGAGUAUUUUGACUGUCUAGACUCAUCAGAUUCUAAGCCAAGAGUGCCACUUAAGUAUGCAGAUUUACUGGACAUCGCGCAACAGGUAGCGGUGGGAAUGGAAUUUUUAGCCCAAAACAAAGUAGUGCAUCGCGAUCUGGCUGCCCGCAAUGUGCUGAUCUCUUUGGAUCGCAGCAUUAAGAUUGCAGAUUUCGGACUAAGCCGAGAUGUCUACCAUGAGAAUGUGUAUAGGAAGUCAGGAGGAAGCGGCAAACUGCCCAUCAAAUGGCUGGCAUUGGAGUCCCUAACCCACCAAGUGUACACCAGCCAAAGCGAUGUCUGGUCCUUUGGAGUGCUGCUCUAUGAGAUAACCACUCUUGGAGGAAUGCCGUAUCCAUCUGUAUCGCCUAGUGACUUGCUACAACUUUUGCGACAAGGUCAUCGCAUGAAGCGUCCCGAGGGAUGUUCAGAUGAAAUGUUUGCAUUGAUGGAAAGCUGCUGGAGUUCCGUGCCAUCUCAUAGACCUACAUUUUCUGGUCUAAAACAGCGACUAGGAGCAAUGAUUUCGGCCACAAAUGAUAUGCCGGAACGACUAAAACAACUGCAAGCUGCAACUGAAUCUAAAUCAGAGUCAUGUGACGUUAUUCACAGUAAAGUGGAACAGCUUCCCUGUGAGGAGGAGCCAUAUUUGGAGCCCCUUAAUUGAUCGCCAUUAGAAUUAAAAGAUCAGGAACGAGUGCAAUACAAAAUUGUUUAAUAACAAAUUAUAUCGUAGAGUUCCAGUUCUAGUUAAGACAACGCUCACAAGCAGAUACUUCACUUUUACCUAGAAAUAAACGUUAAGGAUAGAGUCUA